AUGUUCGGCGUGGACUGGCUCGGUCUCGCCGUCCCCCUCGCCUACCUAGGCAUUCUCUUGGGAUCACUCGCCACAUUCUCGUCCCUGUACCGCAAACGCAAAGCCCACAAUGCCGCAUCUCUAGAGCCAUGGUUCCCGGCCCACCUCCAACGCGAUAUCUACUUCUCCCUUCUUCACCUUGAGCCAUCAUCCAACGAGAAGAAGUCUCCCGCAAUCCCCGACUCCAUCUUCAAGGCCUCUCUCCUUCGCCGCGCAGCAGAGGACAUCCGUCGCAUCAUGGCGCUGCGCAGCCAAAAGCAGGCUCUCUCUACGUUGUUGCAACGUGGUAGUGUAGGCGAUGAUCUGUGGAAGCGUUUCGAGCGCGCGGAGAAGGAAAUGGAAGAUGAAGUCAAGGACGUCGCUUCAGAGGCAAAUGCCUAUGUUCCCGGCUGGGGUCAGACAAUCUUCCAGUCCGCAAAUGAGAUGUUGAAUAAUGAGAUUUACCGCAAGCGUAUGGAGGAACAAGCGUCCAAUGUCGAAGAGGAGCGCAAGUGGUGGGAUAAGAAGAAGACCAGCAUCCAAGAAGGAUUCAUGAAGGAGCUGGAGGAGGAUUCUUCUGCGACCAAGACUACACCUGCAUCAACCACAACUAAGGAUCUGAACACUGCAUCUACGACCUCUCCGGCGCCUGGUGCUUCGGUCCAAGGCAGCGAUGAUGACGCUGUUCUGGUGGAGGCAGAGAACACCUCCAGUACCCCCAAUUCUCCGGCGAGCGCGAAGAAGAAGGGCAAGGGUAAGAAAUAG